CCAGAUCUUAAGUCGGUGAAUUUAAACACAGCUUCAAACGCUAACGCUACAUCAGAUGUUAAGUUAGAGUAUCCACCACUGGACCAAAUUCUUUCAAGAGAAGCCAACGACAACCCUUACACAAAUGUUCAAACAAAUCCUUCAGAUAAAGUAGACCAUUACCUUCUUCAGUUAUACCAAACAAUUUUACUCAAAGACGAUAAGAAGCUUUUGACAAAUCUUAUAAGUAAGAACCAAAUAAUUCUAACAAAGGAGGACCUUGAAAAUGUUAUAUCACGAAUAACAGGGAAACAAUGUGUCAUUGACUAUCUCGACCCUGAAAUCGAAUGCUGUGGUCAAACGCCAAUAUUCAUGAAAAUAGGUAACAUCCGCAUCAUUGAAACACCAGGAACUACAGGAGUUGAGUUUAAGUAUAGAUAUUCGAACGAGUAUACAAAACUAUCUACUGACUAUAAGCUUUGUUUGAAAUAUGUUUUAGUAAAUUAA